GAGGCCGCCAUGGUCUACGCAGAUGACCUUGGUCUGGGCGCCGGUCUUGUCCGAGCCCACCAGCACCCGAACAACAUCUGGGCCCUCCACGGCUAUCACGAAUGCCUUCAACGCCUGGGGCGUACCGCCGAGGCGAGCAUCAUCCGUAAGCAGCUGACCAUCGCUGCGGCAGGUGCCGAUAUCAAAGUCGAAUCCUCGUGUUUUUGUCGACUGAAGCCGGCCGAUGAUGGCAUGAAGGGUUGCCGUUUAUAGCGUCAGCUAAUAUUUAAUCAGGGGCAAGGGAUAGAAGGAGACUGGAUCAGGGGAGACGAGUUAGAUGAUACCCAAUGGAGCGUUGUUUGCAUUCUUUUUGUUUUGUACGUUCAUGCCGGGAGGUAAAAGCCACAGUGCCGCCAUCGGUGGUUCUGUACUGUACUGUACAUACGUGGAUUCUCGAAUCUCGAGUUGGGGAACUGCGGGUGCGGGGUCCAUUCUUCUGGCACUUCAAUGCCCGGUUCCACCACAUUGAGCUUCCGAAUCCAACCCCCGACCGCGACUCGACUCCAGUUGCGGAUCGGGCAGCCUGCCUCGACAUGUCGUUUCCCAAUAUCUACGCCCACCGCAAGGUGGCGGACACCAAGGCCAAGUCAUGCGACAUUUGUUUCAAGAUCAGUUCCAGCGUGUUGAUCACCCCCGACAAUAAGGACUGGUUUUAUGUCUGUCCCGCACACCUUAAGGACACCGGCUUCUGCACGCCCAAAAUCGACCAGGCGGCCAUUGACGCCCGCAAGAAGCGCGAGUUAGACGAGGAGGUCGAGCGAGUCAAGAGGGAAUACGAGGAGAAGCAGAAGAAAAAGAAGGAGAAGGGAGAGAAGGGCGACAAGAAAGACGACAAGAAGGACGGAACUGACAAGAAGGGCGAGGACGAGAAAGCCGAUGAAGACAAAAAAGGCACACAAGAUAAGACGGAACCAGCCCAAGACGAUGUUAACACGACGGUGGAUGAAGAGAAAGAACCCCGCGUGUUUGAGCUGAAGAGUGCUUUCUACCAGCAACGGCUGAAUAGAAAGAGACAAGCCGAGAUCGCCAAACGUAACCGCGAGCGCAUGCGCGAUCCCGCCUACUUCCCGUCGGUCCCCAAGAACCUUCCAUGAUGAAGGAUCCCGACAAGCAUACGAGACCGAAUCAGCAUGCCGUCGGCAUCUUCCGGGCGAGCACCAGGCCCAGCAUGUCUGAAGUGGGGCGGCUCAAUGCCUCGAUGCUUCCUUCAUGGAUUGUUACUCUGACGCUCUCUGCAACCAAGGCC